AUGGUAAGACACAGGUUGAAGAUAGCCUCGUUCUGCACGAGAGCGGUGUUGUUGAUAUUAAUGAUGAUGGUCAACGACUCGAGGAUCAUGAUGUUGGCGUCCUCUGUGGCGUCGUUCAUGAUCUGGUUGACCAGAUCCAGCAAUUGCGACUGUGUUUGUUCGGAGAACUGCGACGACCGCACAAAAUGGUUAAAGUACUGGAACGAAAUCAGACUGGCAGCCUUGACGAUCUCAAAGCCGUGGUCCAGUUUGUGCACCACAGCGAGGAUCUGUUCCAAUGACGACACGCUGAACGUCUCGAGCUGCGACUCGUACCGCAAGAUGUACUUGGGAACCAGCAAAACGAGUCGCGACACAAACAGCUGUGAAUCACCAAUGUGUGCUGGAAUUAGGUUGAUCACAAACUCCAGCAGAUCCUGCAGCUUGAACGGCACGUUUGCGUCUUCCGAGCCGGUAUCGUUGGAGAACAGACACAUCAAUAGGUACGCAGUGCUUUCGAGCAGUCUCCAGUCGGCACCCUCGUGGACUUGGGUAGUAAACGUCUGGACGAGCUGGUUGAUCAUGGACUGGUUGGUCGACGCAGUGACGCUCUCCAGCAGAUCUUUGGCGGCGUCUCUGACGGCCGUUCCGGUCUCGAUCGAGAGUUCUGUCUCGACGCUCACAAACUCGUUGAAAUCGUCCUCGAAACCGGACUGUGCUUCCACCGGCAAUCCGCUCAGUUGGACCAGCAAAGCACACAGUUUCUGCAGCACGGGGCCUGGAACGACGUCGUUCGACAGGUCGAGCAACGACUGCAAGAACUCGAUUUCCGAGGCGAUCAGCGUAACAAGACUCUUGGACGACUCGAUCCGCUCGGUCUGGCUGGCCUGA